AUGGAUUCCGGCUCACAUAAGAUCUAUCAUAAACAUGGAUUUGAUUCCAGACAAUUCCUGGAAGAUUAUUGUUCAGAUAAACCUGAAAUGGUCUUUGAAGAUGAUUCCUUGAUAUUUCCCAUUGAAAAUCUAAAGAAAACUUUCAUUGAGGGUCAUAUUAAAGGAGAUGUCCUGAUUGACCUCAGCCUUGCUUCCACAGUUCAUCAUCUGUAUUCAGCCUGUGAGUUUUUCAAUCACAUCAUAGUCCUGAAGGUCAGUGACAGAUGCAUCCUGGAGCUGAAGAGAUGGCUGGACUCACGGACAGGAGCAUUUGAUUGGGGACAUGCCAUAAAACUCCAUAAAAAGAUAACAGAAAACAGGGAUCAGUUAGCAAAUAAAGAAGAAAAAGUGAGAUCGGCCGUUCAUCAUGUGAUGAAAUGUGACUUUGAAAAAGUAAAUAUGACGGAUCCAAUAGUCUUACCACCAGCAGAUUGUAUCAUCAGUACUUGGCUCCUCGAUUCUAUCUGUGGAGAUCAAGAUGAUUAUAGGAGAUAUCUCAGGAAGUUCUCAGGGAUGCUGAAACCUGGAGGACUUCUCAUGUUAUUUGGGUCUUUUGAUAUGACAUAUUACACAGUCGGGAAAGACAAGUUCCGUGCUUUCACAUAUGAUGAAGAUUUUGCCAGGAAAGCUCUAGUUGGAGAAGGAUUUGUUAUAGAUAACUGUAAGGUUCAGAAGAGAAUAGCUGUGAGUGACCUUUCUGACUAUAAGGCCGUCACAUUCAUUGCAGCUCACAAGGAGAAGUAA